GCUAUCACCCGGAGGCCAACGGCCAGACCGAACGCCUCAACCAGAUACUGGAAACCAACCUCCGGUGCCUGGUGUCCCAGAAUCCCUCUACAUGGAGCAAACACCUGGUCUGGUCUUUCCAGACAAUGAGCCGGAAGUAUCGGUCCCCUCGGCACAUGCCCUGGUCCGACGUUGCCGACGCAUCUGGGCAGCAGCUCGUCUGGUGCUGAUCCGACAGAGAGACCGGAUGAAGAAGACUGCAGAUCGAAAGAGGAGACCCGCUCCGGCAUAUCAGCCAUGGCAUAGAGUUUGGCUCUCGACCAAGGACAUGCGACUCAAGGUACCCUCCAAGAAGUUAGCACCCCGAUUCAUAGGUCCAUACCCUAUCACCAGAGUCAUCGGACCCUCUGCUGUACGACUCCGUCUGCCCCGGUCUCUACGAGUAUACCCAACCUUCCACGUCAGCCGAGUGAAACCGGUUAAAGUAAGCCCGUUGGUUCCAGCCACCACGUCCCCUCCGCCACCCGAGAUGAUUGAGGGCGGUCCUGUUUACAAAGUAAAGAAGUUGUUAGCAGUUCGCAGCAGGGGCCGGGGCAGACAGUAUCUGGUGGACUGGGAAGGGUAUGGACCGGAAGAGAGACAGUGGGUGCCUUCUCAGCACAUUGUGGACUCCACCCUCAUUGAGGACUUCCAUAAAGUAUAUAUUACCCUCAUGUUCCAUAUAAGCCCAUCCCUCUCCUUGUUCUGUGCCAGAUUGUCUCGAUCCUUCGUGCCUGUCUUGCAUCCUAGUUCAUGUUCUUGUCUUGCCUCGUCCCACGACCACGUAUGUUUAUCCAGCGUUUUUCAAGCUGUAAUUUUGAGUUAA